AUGCUCAAAAAUUUUUCAUUUGUGGCUUGUCUCGGCCGCAGGUAUGUCUCGGCCAAGGCAGAAGGUGCCAACGUCCGAUGGUUUUACGCUACAGAUAUUCCGAUUCGCAAACCUUUCGAACCUGACUAUUCAAUCGGCGACAAAGAACCACAGAAAUUCAUUCCAUUCUCCAAAGAUGAUUCCUUGCGGCUUGAAAGGAUGUUCCAGUUGCAAGGCUCGGGGGGACCACCCCACGGAACGCAAUUGAAGCCUAUUCCAGUGAAUGAAGACUUCCUGUUCGAAGUAGAUUUAGCAAAACGGGAGAUAAAACCUGCGUAUUGGGAAGGACCAGUCUAUGAGGUACGACGUGGUUUAUGGUUCACGUCCGAGCAUGUGCCCAUCAAGACAGAACUUGCCUCGGAGCUCGAGAAGCAUCGCCAAGAACUCUUGGCCGAGAAAAACGAUCAGACAUAUUGCAAGCAAAAGCGCAACCUGAGCGAACACGAACACAGAGAUGUUUUCAGCUUGUCUAAGAAGUACAAAGAGGGUAAAAAGGUAUUGUACGCAGACCAUAAUACUGCUUUUAUUUUGCCGGACCUUUAUGGGGGAAAACUUCAGCUAAACUGGCUACGAAGCCACUUGGCGCAGGCCGUUCAAUUUGGAGCCCACAAGGUGGUAAGAGGGGUUGACACGGAAAGCUCUUUUACGGAUGUUGUGAAGCACAAUGUUGAGACCGAGGUCCAAGAUACUACCAAGAGUCUGGGGAAGGUGACAGACCUUUUGAACUGGCAAUUGUUAGGCAUGCUGACCGGAUUGAGCUCUUCCGAUUCCUCGAAGGAAGCUGAAAAUAAGGUUAUGGAAAGUGAAAUAACAAAUGAUUAUGAAACGGAGAAAAAAGAAUGGCGAUCAAAUCACAGAGAGGUUGACCAUUUGGUGUUUUGCAUUCACGGCAUCGGCCAAAAUUUGGGUAAGAAGUAUCAAUACGUGAAUUUCGCCCAUACCGUGAAUGUGCUCCGGGGAAAUUUGAAGAAGGUAUACAAGUGCAGUGACCACUUAAAGAAAAUGAGUAAGGAAAGCGGCCGCCCAGAUUGGGAGGAGAACUGCCGAACUCAGGUAAUACCAGUGACAUGGAGACAUAGGAUAGGAUUCAAUACUGAUGACUUGGAAAUUAAUUCCGAAGAUCCAUCGUUGCCCACUUUGAGCGACAUUACCGUCGAUGGUGUCAAGCCGUUACGCAAGAUUCUGGGAGAUGUGGUCCUAGACCUGCUGCUCUAUGGGGAGUCCCACUACAAACACAAGAUUUUGAAAGAAGUCACAGGCCAAUUGAAUUACCUCUACAGCUUGUACAAGGCUAGGCACCCCGAUUUUGAAGGUAAAGUGCACAUUUUGGGCCACUCGUUGGGAAGCCUGUUGAUAUUCGAUAUUUUAUCGAACCAAAGUCAGUACCCACUGGAUUUCGAAGUCGAAAACUUCUUCUCUCUUGGUUCGCCGGUUGGAGUUUUCAAGCUGAUCCAAAAAACAAAAAUUGGCGACCCGAAGUCGCUACGUGCGUCUGGGAAAAUUGAAAAUCCUCAGUGUAAGAACUUGUACAAUAUUUUUCACGUCUGUGACCCCGUUGCCUUCCGGAUUGAACCUUUGAUUGACAAAUCGUUUGCCGAAGUGCAUCCCGCUUACGUGCCACAUUGGGCCGGUAACGAUAUCACUUCCAAAGUCUUAGAGCUCGGUGGUAGCUUGAUAUCAACUGACUCUAAGAAAAGCUCCGCGACUCUAACACUGCCAGAUCGAAAGGUUCGAUUACUGAAUAAAUUAAAUUAUUCAGGCAGAGUCGACUAUUCUUUCCAGCCAAAUUUCUUAGAGGUCGACUUGAUAUCUGCAAUUAAAGCACAUGUCAGUUAUUUCGAAGAGAUGGAUCUAGCGGCGUUUAUUCUGAAGCAAGUGCUGGCCAAGCAGCGGUUGGUUGAUACUGGCAUCAUUGCCCAUAAGCGGAACGCCGUGGAAACUGACUAA